AUGUCCAAAGAGAAGACAUUGAAGAACACGUUCGGUUGGGCGCGCAUUGAAGUGUUGGGAAUGUUGGUGAACAUGACAUUCCUAGUGGCCCUCACUUUCUCACUACUCGUAGAAGGCAUUCAACAAUUAGUUCAUUCAUCUCAUGAGAUCUCCCAACCGACUAAUUUUUAUUUAUUAUUUGCUUUCGGAGCCUUUGAUGCAAUUUUGGAUCAAAAUAAACAAAGAGCUAAUAGUUUAAGCCUUAGGCCACAAGAAAAGAUUGUCUUUAACGAUAUAUUGGGAUUGAAUAUCGACUCGCCGUCGAGUAGUGCCGACAAGGAUUCAAAAGAAGUUUCACAAAAACUCAUUUCCGUUCAAUCGGAUAAAGACAACGUAAAUUCAACAGCAAGUGAGCACAAGAAUCAUGACAAUGUAUUCUACGGAAUAUUCCGUGAUCUAACCGGGUCUAUACUAUUGAUAAUAUGCGGGAACACUGGACUCAUAUUAUUGCAAACGGUUCCCGAAAACAUAAACGUCGGUCGACUUAAGAGAGAUAUUCUCAGAGAAUUUCCAAUUAUACUCAACAUCCAUGACCUGCACGUAUGGGGCCUAACGGCGUCCCGAAUCAUAGCCACGUGUCAUAUAAUACUCCCGAAACAGACGUCCAAAUCAUUUGAACAGUUCUCACAGCUUUUGGACAAUUAUUUCCGAAAACAGGGCAUUGUUUUGGCAACAGUUCAGCCAGAGUUCUAUGAGCCCAACACUACCCCCAGUCCACUGCAAACCACCUCAUUAUCAUGUCUUAUGAAAUGCUCAAAAGGAAAUGAAAGAAAUCCCAAAAACCAACAAAACCGAAUAGACUUCCGGUCGGAGAGAAACCAAAGACACGUCAGUCUUGUCUUCGGCCACCACUUCGGCACCGCUUUCGUACGAUUGGGACAAACCAUAGCGUUUGCCACGACUUCUGCAGAGAUCACUGAACCCAAGAUCUCGCGACCCAACGAAGGAAUCCUUGAUCUGAGUCUUGACUUGUGUUCGGCCGCCGAGAAGUGGUUGGAUUCAUACCAACGAUUACUACCGCAAGAGGGGAUCCAUUGCCUCCGCUUUCUGGAGCGGACUAUAAAGGAUUCGCGCGCUUUGGACACCGAAUCUCUUUGUCUCGUUUCGGGUGAAAAGGUUUGGCGAAUCAGAUGUCAUAUAAUUUGUCUCAAUUUCGACGGAAACCUCUUAGAGGCGGCCAGUAUUGCGACCAUCGCUUCCUUAUCUCACUUCAAACGACCGGACGUCACGGUUAGCGCCGAUCGGAGUCUUAAAAUCCAUUCAUUUGACGAAAGAAAUCCAUUGCCUCUGACUUUACUUCACUUCCCAUUCUGUGUUUCGUUUGCCUUCUUCGUCGACAAUAACCGCUAUAUUUUGAUAUGCGAUCCAAACGAAUGCGAAGAAGAGGCUGCAGACGCCUCUCUCGUCGUGUCCGCAAACAUCUACAGAGAGAUCGUUGGACUCCACUGUUUGGGCAAACCUGUGGUCGACUCCGAGAAAGUGAUGAUUUGUUCUCAAAUAGCCAUCGAAAGAGUGAAACAUUUGACAGAAUUCGUGAAGAGUUCGCUUCAAACCGAUAGAGAGAAUCGGUCUAAAAGUGCCGCAACUGUCGGCUUUGCGAACGCCAUUCGCGCCGGUAUUAUGUCAGGCGAUGAGAGACCGGAUUUGAAUCUAUUGGAUGUGAUUAAAGUGAAUCGAGUGGAAGAGGACGAGCCAAUGGAGCCGCAAGUCGUGGAAACGCCGACCGAUAACGUCUACCUUUACGGCAGAGGUAUUGCCGGUAUUGGAGAGGGCGGACAAACGCAGUGGCAGUUCAACGAUCAGUUCACAACCAUUGACUCCGAUGAGUGCAACGAUGAGAUUCUUACUCUCGAAGGCAAA